AGGUGAGGCGGGCAGCGUGUGCGCGACGCUCUCUCCGUCCGUGCGUCCUCCUCCUGCCCUUCCCGACAGGGAGCCCCCCCUGCCCGCCAACGACCAAACGAUGCUCACCGACCCCAGCGGCGCCAUGGCGCACCCUCCGCCCGCUUGCGACCCCGGCGGGGGGCACAGCCACAACCUGGAGGCCCUGCUCCAGGAGCUGGUCGGCCAGCUGGAGCUGGGGGAGCGCCGUGCGCGCGAGGCGCUGCUGGAGCUGCGGGGCGGCGCCCGCCAGGCUGCACCGCCCUCGCCGGAUCUGGAGCCCGCGAGGCCGAAGCUCCAGCCCGGCCCCGCGGACGAAGCCGUUCCGCCGGCGGACGGAGGGGAGCCCGCGGAGGAGGAAGACGGCCACAGCGCGGCGGGGGCCCCGGCCCCGCGGCAUCCCAGCCGAUGGGCGACGUGUCCGGCGGCGAGAUGUACAUUCUGCAGCCCACGCAGGCGUCCAGCAGGAGCCUGCAUUCGAGGGCCAUGCCGCGGAUGCAUGCUGGGAGCAGGGCUUCGAGCCGGACCUCGGGUUCGGUGAUGUCGUGGUUCUCCAGGCUGGAGUCGCUGGUCCCGUCGCAGUCACGCCGUGCCCACACCGCCGCCAUGGAGAUGAUCGAGCAUGACAGCAUUCGUUCUUACGACUUGCGGUCGCUCUGGCGCACAAUGGUCCGAUCGAGUGGUAGCCAGUCUCAGAUCAUUGGUUCGAGGGUGUCCUGGAACAUCAGAAGAUUCGUUGCUGAAGUCUUGCUUGGGCCGCCAUCUUCGCUGCGGCUAUCUACGCAGAAGGUCGUCAGGAGCAGUCGCUACGAGGUCUGCGUGAUGUUGCUGAUCGUCGCAAACGCCGUCUUCUUGGGCUGGCAGGUGCAGCAUGAAGCACUCACUCGGAAGCCGGUCAAGUGCGAGAGAGAGGUCGAGGCAUUCUUCUGUGUCGUGUUUGCAAUGGAGUUGUUGCUGAAGAUCUACGCCUUUGGUCUGAGAUUCUUCUGCGGGGGCGAAGGGUCGUGGAACAGUUUUGACCUGGCCGUGGUGCUGCUGAUGCUGCUGGACUUCUUCACCAGCAUUUCUCAGGAGAUGAGAUCAGGCUUCUGGACACAGGCGUCUGGACUGCGAAUAUUCCGGGUUCUCCGGGUGAUCCGCUUUCUCCGCUCCGUAAGGCAGCUCAAGUUCUUCACCCAGUUGCGGAUCAUGAUCCGCUCCAUAAUGUUCUCGCUCAAGCCUUUGCUCUGGGCCUCGCUCGUUCUGUCGGGCAUGUUCUAUGUGUUCGGGCUCUGUCUGACCCAGGGCGUGAUCGACCACCUGCAGGACACCGACUCGUGGGACGACGAGUCCAGCGCCGAGAUGCGCCAGUACUUCGGCACGCUGGAGCGCUGCGUGCUCUCCCUCUUCGAGGCGAUGUCCGGCGGCAUCAACUGGGGGGAGCUCUUCGACACGUUGUCGCCUUUGGCGUUCCAGUUCCGGUGCGUGUUCGUGUUUUUCGUGUUGUUUGCUAUCUUCGGCGCGACCAACGUCAUGGGUCGGCGGGUCACUGGGAUAUUCGUCGAGAUCGCCAACCAUUGGGCACAAAACGACACCCACGCCCAGAUCCAGGCGGACUCAGAGCAGAAAGCUUUCUUCAUCAGGGCUCUGCACGACUUGUUCAGUGAACUAGAUACGAGUGGCCAGGGCACUCUAACACUUGAGGGUAUGCAAGAAGCCAUCGCAAAUGGCGAUGCGCGUUUAGUAAGUUCAUUCCACGCGUUGGACCUGGAGAUUAUGGACGUGCGCACGCUGUUCUUGCUGUUGGACCGCGACAGGAAGGGCUAUGUCAGCACAGAGGAGUUUUUGCUGGGAUGCUUCCGUUUGAAAGGGGAAGCAAGAACAUUGGACAUUAUGAAAUUGCAGUACCAAUGCGAGUGGCUCAUGCACAACGUGUUGAGCAUCUAUGAUAACGUCGAAGGCAUUCGUGACAAUAUGUAUCAAGUGUUAACUGCCUUAGACGCAGAGCUUGUCGAGAAGAAGGGCCCAGGCCCGAACACUGCAACCGCGGUUACCGGCCACUCCCCGUGUCUCUACAGAAGCCUCUCUGCUCAGGUCACGAGCCAGCAUUGGGAGGACGUGCUCAGGCAAGGCCGUCCCCGCGGCACCUUCGCUAGCAUCAGCAGUGACGAGUACGACAGUCCUCGCAGCCCGCCCGUAUUAGUAGCUUCAGCAGCUCGUGCAUGAGUGUGUACGUUGUUGUGAGUAUGUCAGCCACUUGACCGCACAGUGGGGCGGCGGAUUGUUGGCAUGUUCUGUACUAGGCUUGACGCCUUCCAGUUGCCGUAUCGCUGAUAUGCUUUAUCCAGGGUCUGCAACUUGUGGCUGCUACAAAUCCCAGAGUGUGCCAAAUGCAGCACGCAAUUUGGGACGCGCACUCGCUGUCGUACUUGCGCACGCGUGUUGCCGCUGAUGCGCGCUGAUCAUGCAGUCGCUCUCCUGGUCAUUGCCAGACUUUGGUGCCUGAUAGUUUGCGCAUGCAGCGCGAUCAGCGUCUAUGAGAGCGCAUCGCGCCCAGCCCGAAUCAUUCUAUGGAGCAUUGGUCAACGCAUCCGUUUGACAUGCAUUACAUUUUUCGCUCGGCGGUUCGGGGCGUCUCAUUUGCAGAAAUCCAUGUGUAUGUUCAUCGUAGCCCGUCUGCACGACCAGAGCCACAGUUGUUAGGCCCUCAUUCUUGGUAUAAUUCGUGCAUGGCUGCCUCUACCCCAUCUUUGGGAUGCCGCGCUGGCGAUGUCCGCGCGACUUGUCUCCCUUGGGUUGCGAGAGUUGGCAGUCCAGCCGCCACCAGGGCAGCCUUGAACAAUUGCCUGCUGGGCGAGCUGCGCUGGCCUCGUAAGGGAGCGGCGCGGCGGACGGCGUCGCGAGGCGAAACAACAAGUCAGCGUGAGGGAACCGAGCGGUCUUCACCAUCCCUGGGUGUGUGCAUGAAGUGGACUUACACGGUCAGGAUUAUUGUCUGUGUUGGCGAUGCAGAUGCUCUUGUCUAGCAUACCGUUAUUGUGCAUCUUCGGAAGAUGAAUUCAUCUCUUUCCCUCGAGCGUGGGAUGCAUGUUCUUUUUUUACGAGGUUCCCGCUCGAGCGCGGGCGCCUUGUCACAUGUGAAUUGGUCGUCCCCGAAUUGCAACAUGGUGCUGAUGAUAUUGUUCGCUCGGAUUGGCUCACGAGUCAGUCGACAUGUAUAGUUAGAUUCCUCGAUACCCGCUCUAUUCGUCUUCGACCGUACCCAUUUGCGGAUAGAUCGCCCAUGUUUGCCACAUGUCGUUUGCGCAGUUC